UAUAUGUCUAUAUAUAUAAGCACGGUCCCCAAAUCCAACGCAGUUUGAGAGCGGCGUAUGUAUCUCAGAGUGCCGGCGGCAAUGGGAGACUCGUGCGACUCCGUGUCGGUAGAUGUGGACACCGUCUCCGUCGCCGGAAAGGAGUAUAUUGUAAAAACUGGCAAUGGCUCAAUCUCUGUUACUGUUUUUGGAGACCAGGACAAGCCAGCUCUUAUUACCUAUCCUGAUCUGGCUUUGAAUUAUAUGUCGUGUUUCCAAGGAUUGUUUCUUUGUCCAGAAGCAUUCUCUUUGCUACUGCAUAAUUUCUGUAUAUACCACAUAAGUCCUCCUGGGCAUGAGUUGGGAGCUGCUGAAAUUAGCCCUGAUGAGCCAGUUUUGUCUGUAGAUGAUUUAGCUGACCAGAUCGCCGAGGUUCUUGAUUACUUCCGGCUUGGUGCAGUGAUGUGUAUGGGAAUCACUGCCGGAGCAUAUAUUCUUACCCUCUUUGCGAUAAAAUACACGAAACGUGUUACGGGUCUGAUUCUUGUUUCUCCUCUGUGCAAAUCACCCUCAUGGACAGAAUGGCUAUGUAAUAAGGUUAUGUCAAAUCUGUUGUACUUUUGUGGCAUGUGUAGUUUGGUUAAGGAGCUAUUGCUCGUGCGGUACUUCAGCAAGGAAGCUCGUGGCAGCGUAGAAGUACCUGAAUCAGAUGUAGUUCGAACAUGUAGAAGAUUGCUUGGUGAGAGACAGAGCCCAAAUGUCUGGCGGUUUCUUGAGGCUAUCAAUGAGCGACCGGACAUCACCGAAGGCCUGCGAAAACUGCGGUGUCGCUCAUUAAUAUUUGUCGGCGAAAAUUCUCCUUUCCAUUUUGAGGCUCUUCACAUGGCUUCAAAGCUUGAUAGAAGGUUCAGUGCCUUAGUUGAGGUUCAAGCGUGCGGGUCAAUGGUAACCGAAGAGCAACCUGACGCGAUGUUGACACCAAUGGAGUACUUCUUAACGGGAUUGGGCUUCUACAAGCCGUCACUGUUCAGCGUCAGCCCAAGAAGCCCGUUAAGCCCAACUUGCAUCUCCCCCGAGCUUUUCUCGCCGGAGAGCAUGGGCUUGAAGUUGAAACCCAUCAAAACAAGAAUUCCUAUAGAGGUGUGAAAGAGGCGCCAAAGACAGAACAGAAGAUGAGGAAAAAAACAGGUUGGGAUGGUUUUGUGUAAGAUAUGUGGAAAAUAUGUUAGAACAAGCCGACCAUAUGUUUGGUUACAUGUGCAUUGUAGAUAUGGGGAUGGAAAUACAAGGUGGGAGAAAUCAUAGAAAGGAUUUUUCUUUUUUUCUUUUUUUAAUGUUUGUCAUCUCAAUAAUUAUUAGUCAUAAUUUUUUAGUCCUGUAUAUCCCAAAAAGACAAUCUAUGACUAUCAUUUUUUUAAUAUAAUAAUGAUUAUGAU